AUGUCUUUGAAACUAAGCUCUCUGCGGCGUCCCGCACUUCACCUUGGCGCGAUCACUUCAUGCGUCUCACCAGCCCGGAUAUGCCUCCGAUAUAGCUCCCACUCUCCAAUGGGAUCAACAACAACCACCCGCAAGAAAGUAACCAUCCAAACCCUCCGCACGCUCUACAAAAGGAACGAACCCAUCACAGUCCUUACAGCAUCCGACUUUCCCAGCGGGUAUGUCGCCGACACAGCGGGUAUGGAAAUCGUUCUUGUUGGCGAUAGCCUUGCCAUGGUUGCUAUGGGCAUGGAAGAUACAAAUGAAGUAACAAUGGACGAGAUGCUUCUACACUGCCGCAGUGUGAAUCGAGCCGUUAAGAGUGCCUUUACAAUUGCCGACCUCCCAAUGGGAUCGUACGAAACAAACCCCGAAAAAGCUCUAACAUCCGCAAUCCGCAUGAUAAAAGAAGGCGGCAUGCAAGGCAUAAAACUAGAAGGCGGCGCCGAAAUGGCAGCCACAAUCUCGAAGAUCUCAUCAGCCGGAAUCCCCGUAAUGGCACACAUAGGACUGACCCCACAACGACAACACAGUCUGGGCGGGUUCCGCGUGCAAGGCAAAUCCGUCAGCGGCGCCGUGAAACUACUCAAUGACGCACUAGCCGUACAAAAGGCCGGCGCGUGCCUGGUGCUCAUUGAAGCCGUGCCGGCUGAGAUUGCGGCGGUUGUGACAUCGCGGUUGAGCGUGCCUACUAUCGGCAUUGGGUCUGGGAAUGGGUGCUCUGGGCAGGUUCUUGUUCAGGUUGAUAUGCUGGGGAAUUUCCCCGAGGGGAGGUUUUUGCCUAAGUUUGUGAAAACUUAUGGGGAUGUUUGGGGGGAGGCGAGACGGGGGAUUGAGGCCUAUCGGGGGGAGGUCAAGAGUCGGGCUUUUCCUUCCAAGGAGUUUACUUAUGCGGUUGAUCAGGAGGCUUUGGCUGAAUUUGAGAGGAUUGUUGAGGGGAUACCUAUUGAGAAGGAGGAAUGA